CCCAAAAGAAAAAGAAAAACAACAUAUAGAAGACAGCAGGCUGAUGGUCAAGAUGCUAAAGUUUUGGGCUCUGGCCAUCCAAGAGACAGAAAGAAAGGUCCUAGUCGCAAGAACAUACGGUGAUCAAGAAGAGAUGCAGUUUAUUCAGAACAUCUUAUCGGGAUAAAGGAGUUGCACAAAUGUUAUUCUCUACUUAAGUUAGUGGGGUAUAAACGUAAAGCCUCUUUAUGCAAAGAUAUCCAUAGUCUCUCUUUCUCUCUCAGUACUAUAGCAUGAGCCUCCUUUCAUCAUCAGGAAGCGCACAGCUGCACCAAAUGAUCCCCUCAAUCAUCUCAUUUAUAUACUUCUUUGUUUCCUUACUUCCUCCUCUGCAGCAACCAUAUUAAACCUUUCACUUCCUUUCUCUCUCUCAUGGCUCCUAGAUUUAUUUUUUUCCUGUUUAUUUCACUUAUUUCUCUGGCCCAUCCUUUGGAAGCUAUCAGUACAAACCAGUCUCAGUUUUUCAAUCUAUUGAAAACUUCUCUUUCAGGAAACGCUUUGUCUGAUUGGGAUGUCAGUGGAGGGAAAUCUUACUGCAAUUUCACGGGUGUUAGCUGCAACAGCCAAGGAUAUGUCGAAAAAUUUGACAUAACUGGUUGGUCAAUUUCUGGCCGUUUUCCAGAUGGUAUGUGCUCAUACCUGCCACAGCUACGUGUUAUCCGUCUGGGCCAUAAUCAUCUCCACGGCAACUUCCUUCCGAGCAUCAUCAAUUGUUCUUUCUUGGAAGAGCUGAAUGUUAGUUUGUUGUACCUCGAUGGAAAAAUUCCUGAUUUCUCACCGUUGAAAUCUCUUCGGAUGCUUGACAUGUCGUACAACAACUUCAGAGACGAUUUUCCGAUGUCAGUGACUAAUCUUACCAAUCUUGAGUUCCUUAAUUUCAACGAAAACGCGGAACUCAACUACUGGGAACUGCCGGAGAACAUUUCCAGGCUGACAAAGCUUAAAUCAAUGAUCUUGACGACAUGCAAUCUCUAUGGUCCAAUCCCGGCAACAAUAGGAAACAUGACAUCCCUUAUUGAUCUUGAGUUAAGUGGGAAUUUCCUCACGGGCCAGAUUCCUCCAGAGAUUGGAUUGCUGAAGAACUUAAAGCAGCUUGAGCUCUACUAUAACUACCACCUUUCUGGCAGCAUACCUGAAGAACUUGGAAAUUUGACAGAGUUGGUAGAUCUGGACAUGUCAGUUAAUAAGUUGACAGGAAAUAUUCCAGCAUCUAUAUGCCGCCUUCCCAAGCUUGAAGUUCUGCAGUUCUACAACAACAGCCUCACAGGAGAAAUCCCAAGUGCUAUUGCCGAAUCAACCACCUUGCGCAUACUCUCACUUUAUGACAACUCUCUUACAGGAGAACUUCCACACAACUUGGGCCAGCUAUCCGGUAUGGUUGUCCUAGACGUGUCAGAGAACCGCCUGUCGGGCCCACUACCAACAGAAGUUUGCAGUGGAGGUAAACUUUUAUACUUUCUUGUCUUGGAUAACAUGUUUUCUGGAGGAUUGCCUAGUAGUUAUGCAAAAUGCAAGACUCUUCUACGGUUUCGAGUCAGUCAUAACCGUUUGGAGGGCUCAAUACCAGAAGGGCUUCUGGGUCUUCCGCACGUUUCAAUCAUUGAUUUAGGUUACAAUAAUUUCAGCGGCUCAAUUUCAAAUACAAUUAGAACUGCUAGAAACUUGUCAGAAUUGUUCUUGCAAAGCAACAAGAUCUCGGGAGUUCUACCUCCUGAAAUAUCCGGGGCUAUCAAUCUGGUAAAGAUUGAUGUCAGCAAUAAUCUCCUCUCUGGUCCAGUACCUUUUCAAAUUGGCUAUCUGACGAAGCUAAAUUUAUUGAUGCUGCAAGGAAACAUGCUGAAUUCCUCCAUUCCCGACUCACUUUCGUUUUUGAAGUCUCUCAAUGUUCUUGAUCUCUCCAACAACCUGUUAACUGGAAAUGUCCCAGAAAGUCUAAGUGUAUUGUUACCAAAUUCCAUUGACUUUUCAAACAAUCGUCUCUCUGGUCCAAUUCCUCUCCCUCUAAUAAAAGGUGGGCUUUUAGAGAGCUUUUCAGGCAAUCCAGGUCUUUGUGUUCCAAUCUACGUUGUAUCAGACCAAAAUUUCCCCGUAUGCUCACGAAGAUAUAACAGAAAGAGACUAAAUUCCAUCUGGGUGAUCGGGAUUUCAGUGGUCAUCUUUAUAGUUGGGGCUCUGUUCUUUCUAAAGCGUAAACUCAGUAAAGAUAAAUUAACCGGACGUGAUGAGACCAUGUCGUCAUCAUUCUUUUCAUACGAAGUGAAGAGCUUCCAUCGAAUAAGUUUUGAUCAACAAGAAAUCCUCGAAGGCAUGAUUGAAAAAAACAAAGUGGGUCAAGGAGGAUCUGGGACAGUGUACAAGAUUGAACUGAGCAGUGGGGAAGUAAUUGCAGUAAAGAGGCUGUGGAGUAAGAGAAACAAAGACUCGGCUAUAGAAGAUCAGCUGCUUCCUGACAAGGGGUUGAAAACUGAAGUUGAGACACUGGGAAGUAUCAGGCACAAGAACAUAGUCAAAUUGUACUGUUACUUCUCCAGUUUCCAUUGCAGCUUGUUGGUCUAUGAGUACAUGCCAAAUGGAAACCUCCGGGACGCCCUUGACAAAAAUUGGAUCCAUCUGGAUUGGCCCACCCGUCAUCAAAUAGCACUUGGAGUUGCACAGGGCUUGGCUUAUCUCCAUCAUGAUCUUCUGACUCCUAUAAUUCACAGAGAUAUAAAGUCAACCAAUAUUCUCUUAGAUGUCAGCUACCAGCCCAAGGUUGCAGACUUUGGCAUAGCCAAGGUCUUGCAAGCUAGAGGAGGUAAAGAUUCCACUAGCACUGUCGUUGCAGGAACCUAUGGUUACAUUGCUCCAGAAUAUGCGUAUUCAUCUAAAGCAACAACCAAGUGCGAUGUUUACAGUUUUGGAGUAGUUCUGAUGGAAUUAAUUACUGGAAAGAAGCCAGUAGAGGAAGACUUCGGAGAGAACAAGAAUAUCGUAAAUUGGGUUUCAACAAAAGUGGAAACCAAGGAAGGAGUUAUGGAGGUAUUGGAUAAAAAGUUAUCAGGGUCUUUCUGGAAUGAGAUGAUACAGGUCUUGCGGAUCGCCAUCCGCUGUAUCUGCAAGACUCCAGCCCCUCGCCCAACUAUGAAUGAGGUUGUCCAACUGCUGAUUGAGGCUGAUCCAUGCAGAUUCGAUUCUUGCAAGUCGUCGAAUAAGGCCAAAGAGACGUCAAAUGUCACUAAGAUAAACAGCAAAAAUGAAUUAUGAUUACAAUAAGCGUAUGGUGGGGUUCUAGGUGAAGUAUAUAGCAUCUAUAAAUUAGUGUAUAUAUAUAUAUAAGUAUUGUCUACAAGGUAUCGACUAUAGAGAGACUUAUUAUUAAGGAGAAACUUUACUUUUUCUUUUCCUCCCCUAAUUAAAUUAAAGUAGCUUGUAGAUUCUUUUC